UAUGCUCAGCCUAAUGAGUCGGCAAAGGGGGCACCACGUCGGGAUCGCUCCAAGCAGGGUCGUAAAGUAUCCGAUCAAAGUUCGUCGCAGACUUCUCCUUCGAAGCGCAAGGACAGCGUAACCAAACGUGAUCGGAUUAUCUUGCAAGACGAAUCGGAACCGAACACAUCCCAGUACUCCACUUUCAUCCACGAACCGAAGCAACAUCAGGAGGAUCCGCCGGUUUUGAAGUACAUUAAGAAUCAAGUGCGCGAAGUGUUCCACGCACCGAUCGCCUCACUGGUCAAGGGAGCAGCCGUCCUAACCGAGGAACAAUUCAUCGAAGUUAUUCCGGUGGCCUGGGAGUUGUUACUGGAGACGGACCAGGAGGUAUCGGCCGCUUCCGCUGCGCUGUUCAUUCUUGCCUCAGUGAAAGCACCGAACACGGCCACGGAAAUCAUGCAGCGUUCGCUGAAGAAUAAGUGCGCCAACACACGCAUCCAGGCGAUCCUGCGCUACCAGGUGCUCUGGAAGAACCGCUUUCAGGUUUGGCCUCGGAUGGAGGAAGGGGCGCAUCUCUCGUUUAAGGUACCGCCACCGGGCAUCGAGUUUACGCUGCCAUCACCCAAGAUCGGCAUCGAGAGCCUACCAGUGGUCGAUCCACCCUGGAUGCCAAGACAACAGAACAAGGACAUGGAAGUGACCCUCAACCAGGAACGUCAUCGCUCACUAGUGACCGCUACUAAGACGCGCAAGAAACAGCAAACGGAAGCAAUCCGGCAUGCUAUGCUGCAGCAGGAAGACAAGCAGCGAUCGGAGCGUCAGAGCUUCCUGAUCACGACGAUUCCAAUCACGCAGCAGGCGGCACACGAACCUGGCCUGGACCACGGUCCAGCGGAAGACCAUGUCGAGGAGGAAGAGGACGGUACCCGCUCGGCCAUUCACAUGCACGCGGCCCAUUCGCUCUUUCCUUCUUGCCUUUGCUCGUCCGUCAUGCAGAUCGUCGCCUGCCUUGAUGAUGCGGCUGUCAACUCGGACGGUUGUGCCGUGUACGAGGUGGCGUAUCAAGUGAUUUGGAUCUGUCUCGUCGAGGAUUCGGCACUCUUCUUGCGCUACGUACUGGAGCGACUUACACGUGACCACCAGGAUCAGAUGUUUAAGCUGCUGCGCCAUUUGAUUCGCUUCGUUCCGCGAUUACCACAGCAGGCGGCCUUCGCGCUCUACAACUACAUCAUCGGAUACGUAAUGUUCUACGUCCGUUCGACGCAUGAAUCAAGCCAACAGCUCGUAGGAUCCGCACUGUCGGUGCUAUGGAUGGUAGUGCACAGUGUGCACGGCAUCAUGUUUAAGGAUCUGAAGCAAAUCUUGCGCAAAGAGCAGUGCGAUGCAUCGAUCCUGUUGACGGCCAAUGUACCCUCGGCCAAGAAGAUUAUCGUACACGGACCAGAAGAUGAAGGAGGGAUUCCGUCGCAGUUUCCGGUCCAGGAGGACACCCAGUUCUCGCAGCUACUCAACGAGUCGCUCGACUUUUUCGGCAUCGAUGAAAAGAAACACGCCCAGCACGUGCUCGUCGACUACAAGACGCACCAGAUCCUCAAUCCGAACUGGUACGUGCGCGAUCUGUACUUCUUCAAGCGUUCGCAGUAUCCGCAACUGCGCCUGGUCGAGAUGAAGCCCGAGGAGUCGUUCAAUGCAUUGCAGCGCCAGGAACUGAACAAAAAGUUCGUUGAAAUUGGCAAGGUGCAUCUAACCUGGGCCAUCCUGAAAAACGUCGAUAUGGUGGUUCAGCGUGUUGUGUUCCUACAUGAGGAACUCAUGAAACUGCCAUCGUUUCCACGCAAAGCGCUCGAGGUCGACCUCGAUCUUCACCAGGGUGGUGAACUGGGCAAGGAGCUCCUGGGGCUCGAUGUGCUGCACAAGUUCAUGUGGGUUCGGUUGAUUGCGCGUAUGUUCGAGGCAAUGGCCGGUAAUUUUGCCUACUCGGCAGACAUCCAGCUGUUCCUGAAUGUGUUGUCCGGGGCUGCGUUGCUCCAUUCGGAGGACUCGUGUAUUAUGCGCUAUGUAACGGCGACCUUCAUCAAUGCGGCAUCCAAUUUCAAGAACAUCUUCUCCACCAAUGGUUACUUCAUGAUCAUGCCGGCCAUGCUGCAGGUGUACUCGCUGCACCAGACGAACAAGCUCGUCACCACGACGAUCGAGUACGCCGUGAAGCAGUUCUAUCUGCUCAACCGGAAGCCCUUCAUCCUUCAGAUGUUCGGUUCGGUAUCCGCCAUCCUGGAUACGGACGAGAACGGUACCUAUGGCGAGGCACACAAGGUACAAUCGAGCUGCUUGUUCAACCUCCUGCUGAGCCUGGAAACGCCUUCACCCGAUCCGCUCAACAUUGCGGAAUUGGUUAAGGAACCGAAACCACUGAAAGCCAUCGAUUUCUGUUAUCACGAUGAGGAUGAAAUGGUGACCGUGCUGGACUGCAUCACGCUGUGCGUCAUGGUGGUAUCUUACUCGGCCGAAAGCACCCGAG